CAAGGGGCACCUCCAUCCCGCAGCCAUGUCCUGCUACGAUCUGUGCCGUCCCUGUGGCCCAACUCCGCUGGCCAACAGCUGCAACGAGCCCUGUGUCAGGCAGUGCCAGGACUCCCGGGUGGUGAUCCAGCCGUCUCCCGUGGUGGUGACCCUGCCCGGACCCAUCCUCAGCUCCUUCCCCCAGAACACCGCCGUGGGAUCCACCACCUCUGCUGCUGUUGGCAGCAUCCUGAGUGAGGAGGGAGUGCCCAUCAACUCCGGGGGCUUUAACCUCUCUGGCCUUGGUGGCCGCUACUGUGGCAGAAGGUGCCUGCCCUGCUAAGGCCGGGCUGGACGUCCAGUGAGUGCAUCGACCAGGAAGCCCCAAGCCAGGUGCCGGACUGAGGACGGAGCUGCUGGCCAGGGUUUCCAGAGGGGCUGAGCACCCUCGUGCCCUCCUGUAAAGGAGGGAGGGAA